AUGCUGCCACCUGUCCCCAUACACCGCCGCCAGGCUCCGAAGGGAGUCAGAGCUAGGGGUUGGCAAGCCGCAGCCGUGCGGGACCAUCUUGUCGGCAAACUCAACAAGGCUGAGGAAGGGCUCGUCUCUCCACUCCCCCUCAGCACACGCGAUCUCGUAUAUAUGUUCGAGGGCUACCUGAACAAUGGAUGUACCGCCGCGCGAGUGGAGAUCCUGCGUUACCGAGCAAUGGCAGUGCGGAUGCAGAUGCCAAAGCUGGGGACGCUUCCCCCAUCUCUACAACUCCCAAAGGCCAUUCGGACACAUCUCCAGGUAAUGGACGAAGUUAUCCGGCGCGCAGAGAACAAGGUGAUUGAGGGUGCUUGA